CCAGAAAUGCAUUACAAUCAAUUUUGACAAAAAGAAAAUCGCAGCAAUCACAGAUAGCGAUGACUGGUUGUGCUUCCGAUGCAAUCCUUCCCAACUCAUUCACCUCAGAAUCCAUUGCUCCGAAUUCAUGAAAUACGUUCAGAGAGAAAUGGCUAAUGUGUCGUCUCUGGAGGAAUACGCCGCCUACCAGUCCACAGAUUACUGUCAGUGUUGCAUCUCGCCCAAGAAAAAAGCAGCCGAGCCGGCGGCUGUCGAACCCAGAAGGAAAAGAAAUAAGCCGUUGGUACCAGAAGAUCCCGUCAACGAUCCUAUCAAAGACGAUAGUACUACUCCGACUCCCCCGCCUGUCGUCGCGACACCCUCAAGCGCUACGAUAGCCUCCGCUCUAGAGAAUGUGUCUACGCCGCCUCCGGCUAAAGCGCCCAAAGCGCUGCAGAAGGGUGGACCUCGGAGGAAGGGUCACGUGCCCGCCAACGCUGCAUUCAGGGCUGUGGGGCCUGGCCACACACCGAGACCGAGGAUUCAGGUGGUGCAACAGGAACAAGCUUAUGUGAUGUCUUCAAGCGACUUUCGGACAAUUUAUCUGUACGAAUACAAAUUGAACCAAAGCGCCGCUAAAACAGCGCAAAAAAUUAACGAGGCAUUUGGCAAUGGUAGUGUGAAUGAACGCACCGUUCGACGUUGGUUUGCAAAAUUUCGUUCAGGAGAUUUUAGCCUCGAAGAUGAGCCCCGAAGUGGUCGACCUACAGUAAUCCAGGACGAGGCUUUGAGGAGCCUGAUGGAGACAGACCCAUCACAAACGGUGCGAGGGAUGGCGAAAGAACUGGGCGUCAGCCCCCAUGCUGUUUUUGACGGCUUAAAUCGUAUUGGAAAGCGUUCCUCAGACCUCCGGCGCUCCGCUCCCUCCGCCCAAACGUUCCUCAGAUAAAGCACGAGUGGUUCGAGAAGACGAUCCGCGCCACCACCAGAGUUAACUCCAAACUCUCGUACAUACUGACGCACCUGAACAGGUUUCAGGCAAGUGCCUGCCAUCGUCAAAGGACUGGCCGUCGUCCACAACAAGUUGCAGGAGAUCCUCAGCCAGAAUCUAAAGCAUCUGCUUCUCUACGAAACCUUAUCCGCCGUAGCAGGCUUCUGCGGCAACAUCCGCAGCGCAAGACGACGUCGAAUUCAUCAGUCCGGCGAAUAUCCCGUACCUUACCAAAUAAUCUUCUGCUUUUCCGAACACUUUGAAUUAGAGACCCAGCGGCAUGAAUAGAUCUGGGCCCAGCGUUGUACCUAAACCUUAGAGCGGGGCUGAAACCCCGAUUGAGCGGUGUUUUUAGAAAUACUCUGGCUAAAAAUGAUUAGGUUAACGGACCAAAGACAUUUCUCAGAAUCAAGUCUUUCUCGGCCUUGCAGAAUGUCCCAUCCGAAUGCAUAACAAUAUCGGAUGACCUGGUUCCAGAAGAGAAGAGACCCCAUAUCUUGAAGGUGACGUUAGACGGAUGUUAGUGAAUUUUUCAAGAAAUAAUGGAUUUGAAGGUUUGCUGAAGAGCAGGAGUUGCUGUAAAUAAAGCUUUCCAUUGUCA